CUGUUUAACUUAAACUCAUACAUACCUCUCUCUCUCUCUCUCUCUCUCUCUCAUACACCUUUGCCAAAAGCUUUGCCACCCCUAGUUCUCAGAAACUCGAAUCCAUGAAGAGGAUAGUUAUUAGAGUAGCCAUCAAGGGACAAAAGUCUCGUUCCAAAGCCAUGAGGAUUGUUGGAGGUGUUGCAGGGGUAGAAUCGGUAGCUUUUGCAGCGCACGACAGUAACCACAUGGUGGUGACAGGAGAAGGGAUUGACGCAGUGAAGCUGACUAAAUUGCUGAGGAGGAAAGUGGGAUCUUCCGAAAUAGUAAGCGUGGGCCCGGGGGAGCUUGGCGGGGACGGCUACGGCUACGGCUACGGCAUUCCAGUAGGGGGGUAUUACUCUUACCCUUACGCUUAUGGAUCAGGUCAAGGUUAUGGGUACGAGUCUAGGAACCAAAACCCGUAUUCAAAUGGACCAAGUUAUGGGUACGAGACUAUUAACCAAAACCCGAACAGUUGUUCCAUCAUGUGAAUUAAAAAAAUAAUAAUCAUACAGGAAAAGAAUUAAUGUUAAUAAACCCCCCCCCCCCCCCCUCUCUGGAUUGAAUGGAAGAAUCUGGGUUUGUAAAGUAGUUUUGUGUAACUGGGCGGGUUAGUUCUGUUGAUGAAGACUUUCUUAAGUUAAGAAGCCAUGAGCGAGUGCAUGUGAAAGUUCGCCUAAUACUCGAAUUGGUCAUGCAUCUCAUUUGAAGGUCAUGAGUUCAAAUCCCUCCAGCUGCUUGUGGGUGUUAUUUCCCUUGUAUUUGUUAGGAUUAUUUCUCCCCUUAAUAUGAUUUUUUAGUUGGAUAAGAUUUAUAGUGAUUGCGGACUUGAUUCCAAUGUGAUGUAAUUAUGAUACUUGUAUUUUCCCUUGCCAGUUGUAAUCAAGUAGUUUUGUGUAUACAGAAUGUACUACAUUAAUUUUUUGUUUAACGGAUCUUGAUUUCGUAAA